GCUAGCACUCCGCUCCUCCUUACAGCAUAGUUCAUAGUUCGCUUGCAGGCGUUGUAAAUAGACUGAUGGUUUUUCACCUGCUGAUUUGAAACUGCUCCAUAAAUUUUGCAUACAGUUCGUCACCAUCUUGGACUGUCCCAUAGGCAGAGUCAAGGAUUCUGAGGUAACUUAAAGGAGGUGCAUCUGGUUGAAGAUGUUUAACCAUGUCUGCAGCUGGUGGUAGUAGGCUGUCAAAUAUCUUUCUGGAACGCUGCAGGUCUGACACAGCAGGAUCUCAGAUGGAUCUCCGUGCAGUAGAACCCACACUGGAAGCCUGCGUGGACUAGGAUGCCCUCUACUCCCGUGGUAGUGGACGCUGCCGUUGUGUUGCUAGGGGCGACUGUUACUACCAUCACACACCCGCUCCUAUACGUUAAACUGCUAAUUCAGGUGGGACACGAACCUCUUCCUCCAGCUGUUGGGUCAACAAUGUUUGGAAGACCAGUUCUAUACCUGCCUGGUUUCUUCAGCUACGCUCAGCAUGUUCUCAGAGUGGAUGGAAAGCUGGGACUCUUUCGGGGCCUCUCACCUCGUAUAGCAUCCAGCACCAUCUCUACCUUGGUGAGGGGCAAAAUUGAAGGGAGGGUGCUUCAGUCCAAAAAAGAUGAGCACCAGAAUUCCUUUAGGAAAUUGGUCCAAGAGACAUCACAUGAUAUGAUCUUUCGGUGCCUGUCCAGAGUGGCCACCCAUCCUUUUCAUGACUACGCGCCCUGUUAUCAGUCCGAUAAAAGCCAAGUCAUGUCAGUGCGCUGCAUGGCCCAGUUCGUUGGCAGAGAGACCAAGUACAGUGGUGUAUUCAGUUGUAUCAUGACGAUAUUCAAGGAGGAAGGAUUGUCUGGAUUUUAUACCGGUUUUGUUCCACAUGUGCUGGGAGAAGUCCUUUUCCUGUGGUGCUGUAACCUGCUGGCCUACCUUAUCAACACCUAUGCUGUAGACGACAGCUUUAGUCAGGCAUCAACACUAAGAAACUACACAAAGUUUGUGAUGAGUAUCACACUGAGGGUCCUGACUUACCCAUUCACGCUGGUUGCUGAUGUAAUGGCCGUCAACAACUGUGGUCUGGCUGCAGGUCUUCCUCCUCGGUUUCCUGUCUUUACAUCCUGGCUGCACUGCUGGAAUCAUCUGAGUACCGAGGGUCAGCUCUUCAGAGGCUCCAGGCUCUUUUUCCGCCGGGUGCCCGUGACUCUACCGCCUUCUGUCGAAGAUUAACGUAGUCAUCACUUGCUAGGAUGAAGCAGGAAGAGAUCUCACCCUCGAACUACGUUCCAGAUAAAGUAGAAGAGGCCGUGCUGUUCAUGGUUCAUUAGGUUUUUCACAGGAUUUGGGGCCAUUCAGCCCACUGUGACCAGUCCACGCCACAGCUCUGAUGUCUUCACUGCAGCAACAAAGGAUCAGCGCUGGUUAACUGGAGAAAAUGAACUGAUGGCCAUCGUGACAAUUAAGUUGUUUUUUUUACAUACAUUUUUGCCUUCAUUUUACUUCCUGUGUGAUGUUCACAUGGUGCUCUGUGUUCUUUGUUUUGAGCCGAUCCAUGUCAUGUCCCUCAUUUCCUUUAUUCCUUGUCGCUCCCUGUUUCCCUUCUUAAGCCUCUCUCCGUCACAACCACGCUGCCAGAUUAUCGAACGCUUUCAGCAAGUAGUUUUCCAGCACUCCCAUCUCGCCCUCAUCGUUGCAACCACACUCUUGUUCCCCGGAUUUGCCCCUUUCACCUUGCUGUUGCCUUUUGCCCAUCUGGAUCUCGACCCACACCUGUUUUGGUCCCACCGCUCACGCCCACUCCCACGGAUUCUGCUCUCUGCCCCAUCGUGCAUGACCUCAGCCCGUCCGACCAAGGAUUUGGAUCUGGAUUUGGUACUUCUCCUGGACUUCUGCCGCUUCAGAGUUAGUGCGCUGGCCAGCAUCAGCGCUUCUCCUCCCCGGGGCACUCCCUCCCGAGCCCUGCGUCAGUGGAGCAUCUGCUCUCUUCCUUGUACCUGAUCGUCAGGCCAGUGCUGCAGCUGACGGUCCAGUGUGGCCGGCCUGAGCUGUCUUUUAAUAAAUAAUCUGAGUUUUCUGCUCA